AUGAAUGUUACUUGUAAUUACUGUUCGAUGAGCCUCGCUACGGAGCAAGAUUUAAACAUUCACACGAACAUGUUUCAUCCAUUUGUACGCGCAACUUGCAAGCUGAUUGUCUGCGAAUAUUGUUCAUUCAAAUUCAAGUCAGUGGAAAACUACGUCAACCACGUUCACUUAUGCGCGUGGAAUACUAUUACAGCCAAGAUGAUCGAACACGCUUUUUUUUACAAAAUGAAAACACUUGGACAACCUCUGAAUUCGGAAGUGAUACCUCCUACUUCGCUUACGACUUCAAAUAUCGAAAGGAAUUCUACAGAACAAAACUCGUGCAAUCCCACUGCAGUACAUAAAGUCAAAGAACUGAAGAAAUAUAAUGCGGUGCCUCUUGCUUCGCUUACGAAUUCAAAUGUCGAGCAAAAUUCCACAGAACGAAACUCGAGUAAUUCCACUAAAGUCAGAAAACUGAACGAGGAAAAUAAUGAGGUCGACUUUUGCACGAUUGUGUAA